AUGUCCGCGAUGCAUACUCCGUUGAAUACCACUUUAGAUCAGGUUGGGUUACUAUGCGGUAGGACCGCUACCUCGAUGGGGUUAAUCCAUAUUGCUUAUGAUACUCUUUCCAGGCUCUUGCAAAGGAAUCCUCAAAAUGGAACUUGUCUUUUACUACUCUGUGAGAACUAUUGGAAACAAAACCAACAACAACAGGAGUCAAAUCAUGCUAUAGUAAUAGAUCUGUUGACCAAAUCGUUACAGCAUGAUUCGGCUACUUCGCCGUUGGUUCGUUCGAGUAAUAUCAAUGAUAACAAUGGUGAUGCCAGUAAUAACACUAAUAAUGGUAACAAUAUUAACAAUAACAAUAAUAAUAGUAAUAACAGUAACAAUAAUAACACUAAUAGCAUUAGUACCAAUAUUAAGGGAAAAAGUGACAACGAUAACUCAUUAGCAAGGCAGGGACCCGGAUCUUUAUCCUCCAAUUAUUUGAUUUGGACUUAUUUGGCAAUUGCAUGUCUUCACACCAAUCAGAUCAGCCUAGCUUUGAAAAGCAUCACUCAGGCUACUUCGUUAAAUCCAGAUGAACCAUUUCUUUGGACUUUACAGACAAGAAUCAUUUCAAGGUGGUAUUUCCUGUUAGCCUUGGAUCCACAAAUUCAACAGCAACAAGGGGCGUUGCCCACUAUAGAAACUUUGCUACCUUAUUACAUCAACAGCAUCGAAUGGUCUACUGUGAAACGGGAUCCUCUCAUGCAAUUGGAAUCGCAUAUCUCGUUAGCUACCUUAUAUUUCCAGUUCUCUCUCUUCGAGCAAUCCCUUGGUGAGAUGUCGUUUGCUCUAAACUUAUUGGAUUCAAUUCAAACUUCGAUAUCUUUAAAUGAAAACCUUGCUAAGUUGACAUUUAUUUACAAUUUCAUCGCUAUCUUGCACCAACGCUUAAAUGACCCAGAUAACGCGUUGCAGUUUUUGCACCAGGUGAAGGAUUUAGCGCCAACUGAAUCUCAUGUCAUCAGAUGUUGUAUCACUAUGUCCGGAAUAUCACUUCUAUCGAAUAAUGAUCUGAAAAUUGAGAACUCAAUCUCAUUGUUAACUACGGAAUUAAACACCUUAACCAAGUUGAAAUCAACAAAGGACGCAUACUAUUCAAUCACAUCUAAUGAGGAAUUCAUGUUGAGGUAUAUGCUAGCCAGAUGUCACUCUCAUAUGAAUGACACGGGAACUAGCUAUUACCAGUUCCAACAACUAUUGAAGCUUUUCAUUAACCAUGACUAUUCGCCUUUAGUUUGGACUUCUAUCGCUUCGUUGUAUCUACAACUGGAUCAAUUAGCCGAUUCUUUACAAGCAUACUCACAAGCUGUACAGAUGGCAAUGGAUAAAUUGAAUGAUCCAGCAAUUGUAACAUCUACUUCCAAUUUUUCAAACGUUUAUCUCUCUUUCAAGUUUUACAAAUUGUUUGCUGCUUACGGUUGGUUCGGUAUUUCCCAAGUAUAUUCCAAGACAGAUCAGAUAAAAGAUUCUUUGAAUGCCUUGGAACAAAGUAUAGAGCUAUUCAGAUCAGUUGGUGACUUUGGUACCGCUCAACAAUUGAAGCAAUACUAUGAGCAAGUUAGCCAAACUGCUUCCACUAUGAAGAACCAAACCGGAACAGACCAAUUUCUACCUCCAGAUAUUCCUAUUGAUCUAUUAUUAGACUUUUCAGUGUAUCAUUACAUGCAAUCAGCAUUCAUUGUAGAAUCUUUAGAUUCUCCUGCCCUUAACGCUAGAAUCCCAGGCGUUGACUUGCAAGUACAGCCUACACAGUCAUUAUCACAGCAACCGCAACAGUUCCAACAACCACAGCAUAUGCAGCAACAAUUAAGCCAGGUACCACUGUCCGCAUCUCCUCCCCAGAUAUCAACGCUACAACAACAGCAACCGACACUUCAACAAGCAGGUAUGUCUCAGAACACAUCACCAGCACUGCCAGUAGUGAUGGUUACCCAAAAUCCAAACACACCUAUAGAACAUAACAUUGGUAUGACUGCAGUUCCUCAACAUAUGGUACAACCUAUCCCAUCUCAUGUCCAUCCUCAUCAUGCGCAGUCAAUGGGAGUUUACACACUGCCUUACGUUGUUCAAAAUGCAGCUGCAUUUCCCGCGCAGCCAGCCGCUGGCGGACCACCUCCUAUGUCGUUGGGAUAUAUUCAACAGCAACCUCAAAUUGCUCAAACUCAUGUAUCUCAGUCUAGAUUUGGAUAA